CGGGAGGUAUGUCUUAGUGCUCCAAGAUGGCGGCGCCCAUAGGUGUAAAGUGACAGUGAGGGUGACAGUGAGGAUCCGGUGCAGGUAGAGGAUGUUUGAUCAUAGAAGAUGAGGAGCCUGCGCUUGUUGAUCACCGCCCAGAAGCUAUGUGCCCGACUCCGACAAAUGCCAGCGGUGGAACCACAUGGAGCGAGAUCGCAGCUGCUCCGUGCAGUCCACACCUCGUCUUCACCCGGCCCCCCGAAGUCCGACCCGCCGAAAACUGUGGCUCCAUUCGAAGAUGCGUUUGCCAAGGAUCAGAGGGAUAAAGCCUCGUUCGUCCAGGUCCUGGACAUGUUCUGUGGGCGCGAUGUGCGGAGGAGGGGGCACGUUGAGAUGAUCGAGGCCGCGCUCCGGUGGAUGCCUCACUUUGGAGUGGAGAAAGACAUUGAGGUUUACAACAAACUGCUGGAUGUCUUCCCCAAGGAGGUCUUCAUCCCACGAAACUUCAUCCAGACCAUGUUCCUCCAUUACCCCCGGCAGCAGGAGUGUGCAAUAAGGGUCCUGGAUCAAAUGGAGUACUAUGGGGUCACUCCUAACAGGCACACCUACUUCCUGUUGGCCCAAACAUUUGGGAAGCUCAGCCACCCCGUGAAGAAGUACCAGCGGAUGAUGUAUUGGUUUCCCCGGUUUAAGCAUAUCAACCCUUACCCUGUGCCCGUUGACCUAGAAGCUGAUCCUGUCGCCCUGUCAAAAGUUUGCCUGGCGCGGAUAGCUGCGGACAGAGAUGCCCAAGUGACCGUGUACCAGUUGCCGUCUUCCGAGGUUUGUGAAGAUGGGACGGUCCAGGAGCACCAGCCUCUUGUGGGUAUCCAGUCUCCGGAUCAGAUUGCUCUCCUGGCCGAACAUGAUCCCAAAUACCCUGUAAUAGUGGAGGGUCCGUUCCCGCUCUGGCUGAAGAAGAUCUGUGUCCAGUACUACGUCCUCCGCGCAGAGCCAGCCGCUAGAAAGAAGGAGGAAUUAGACCCCGAGAGAUGUUUCUAUUACCCCCUACAACUUGACCUGGAUCUGGAGCGAGACCUCGGGGAUGACCACAGCUUCAAUGUGGAUGAAGUGGAGGAAGGUCCAGUCUACGCUAUGUGCAUGGCAGGAUCUGGAGAUGAGAGAAUGUUGGGGAAAUGGAUCCAGUGUCUUCAAGAAGCCAACCCGGUCCUCGGCCAGCUGCCGGUCCUUUUCCGACUGACCUCUGGCCCGCAGGAAGUGAGUCUUCCUGCGCAAGAAGAGGCCAAAUCGGCCAAGGAAGAGGCAAGACAGUCACCCACAGAGGAGGAAGAGGAGAUGAGGCAGCAUCGGAGGAUGGAGCAGUAGUCGACCCCAUACGCUCAGGUCCGGUUUCAUGUCUCCAGGGACAAUAACUGGACCAUAAUAGGACUGGUAGAGGAAUCAUGGAGACAAUGACAUUUAAAGGGAACUCAUCCCUGGGUCCGGUUCUUUCAUAUUGGGGGAAUUCGAUAGACUCUGUAACAACAAUGAGAAAUAAAAUCAAUGACCGGUGUCCCAAAGUGGCAAAAAACAUAAAAAAAAAAAAACAUGUC